GGUCACGACACAUCGAUAUUACGUAUUGAAAUAUCCAAAUUUUUAACUCACUUUUUUUUUUCAUUACAUCCAUUUUUCAUCAACGAGACAUCGAGACGUUCAUUCAUCCGAUGACAGCGUGAGUGCUCAUUCCCGUGAAAUCGAUGAUGCUCCAAAAUUUAUGUUGUGAAUGUUUUUGCAAUUGUUCGUCCUGGGGUUCUCGUGCGAAUUUUUAUGAAUCUAUUUACCAGCGGUGACGGGAUUGUGACUGUGAUUAUCCGAUAUAUUUUUUCCUCCAGUCUUGUUAACCGUUUGCUGGAGCAGGUGGUGAAUGCUGAAUGAAAGGAUCAAACUGGUUUUUUCAAUUUAUGGAGUACAAUGGUGCUGUCAAAAUUGGAGAUCACCGGGUUUUUGUGAUGUGAGAGGAUUAUCCAUGAUACGCAUUAGGAAUAUAAUUUCAAAAGAUUUUUUCAUAAUGCUCUUCGACACAUGCCUGCGAUGAGAACGAAAGGGUCGUAAAGUGGGACCUGGGGGAAAAAAAAAGAGGGAAGUAAAUAGAGUUGAAAAAGAAUCUGGUGCGACAUUUAUUUCUCCAAAGCUGUCGUAAUGAAUUAUCUCUGGGUCUCGUUUCUCCUGUACCAGCUGAUACUUUAUCCGCCCGGUGGAAGUGCCAUAGACAUAUCACAAUGCAUCGCACCACUGGGUAUGGAAGCGGGAAUAAUACCCGAUGCAGAUAUUACCGCGAGCUCCAGCUUCGACAGCGGAAAUGUUGGGCCACAGCAUGGCAGACUUAAGCAAGAGCGCAAUGGUGGGGCUUGGUGUCCUAAACAAGAGAUUACGACGGAACCCCAUGAGUGGCUUGAGAUUGAUUUACACACGGUUCAUGUGAUUACUGGUACAAGUACACAGGGACGUUUUGGUAAUGGCCAGGGGGUCGAGUUCGCUGAGGCUUAUGUACUUGAGUACUGGAGGCCAAAACUUGGCAAGUGGGUUCGAUACACAAACACCAGAGGCCAAGAGGUGAUAAGAGGCAAUACGAACACAUAUCUAGAGUCGAAGCACGAGUUGCAGCCACCAAUUUGGGCCAGUAAAAUUCGAUUUUUACCAUACAGCUAUCACCGGCGAACAGUGUGCAUGCGUGUGGAAUUAUACGGUUGUUUAUGGAACGACGGUGUUGUAUCGUACUCGAUGCCACAAGGUGAUAAGCGCGGCAACUGGGAAUUCUUUGAUGCAUCGUACGACGGCUACUGGGACGGUGAACUCAGGCGUGGUCUUGGCCAGUUGACAGACGGUAGAACAGGACCCGAUGAUUUUAAAAUGGGUUACUACGGGUAUGACGGUGGACAAGAGUGGAUCGGAUGGAAGAAUGACACGAGAGUCGGCCACCCCCUCGACAUUAAAUUCGAAUUCGAUAAAGUUCGCGAAUUUUCAGCUGUUCACAUAUUCUGCAAUAAUCAGUUCACCAAGGAUGUCCAGGUAUUUUCCCAAGUCGACAUACUCUUCAGUAUCGGUGGCAAAUACUACAACGGCGAUCCAAUAAUCUACGCCUACAUGGAGGAUCGAAUAUUCGAGACACCUCGUAAUAUUUCCGUUAAACUUCACCACCGUAUCGGUAGAUUCAUUAAAUUACGAUUCACUUUUGCCUCCAAGUGGCUGCUUAUUAGUGAAAUUACAUUUGACUCGGACAUUGCCCACGGUAAUUUCACCCAGGAGAGCCCACCAACCACGGAGACCCCAAGAAUUAAGAAUCAAAGUACCCUGUCUAAGGACAUACUCCAUCAACCUGAGACACCAGUAUCAACGGCUAAACAGGACGAUCCUACGUACAUGGCUGUUAUAAUUGGUGUUCUAACAGCUGUUAUUCUACUGCUAGCCGUUGCAAUAUUCUACAUUGUAUCGAGACACAGAGCGAGAAAGAAUAAUUUUGCAACGGCACUCGAUCCCAAGGAGACUAUACCAGCUAAUCAUCAGCAUCUAUCACCAGAGUCAAAUUAUGGUACUACUAUGGAGAAAGAUGGUACUCUCAUGACUUACAGAGUCGAGGAGUACGAUGAUCGCUACACAGGCGCUAAGUUCGCCACAUUACCCCGCGAUCUUAAUGAUCGUCUACUGGGUGACGUCAGAUUAGAUGAAUACCAGGAACCAUUUCACGAAAAUAAAUACCGUGAAUCACCACAAGCUGCUUAUUACGGAUACAGUACAGUUGUCAUUGACAAUAAGGAUUUACAUGAUAAUAUUGAGUGUUCAGAUCCCACUUAUGACUACGCUGUACCGAUGCCAGUACCGAGUACAAGCAGCGAACACGAGAGUGUAUUUUCAAAGUCUUCGUCAAGGGGCAGUGCUAAGGCGUGUUUGCAGAGUUUUUUUCCACCUCCACCACCGCCAAUGAGUAUUCCACCGACUCGUGGGUCAAACAAUGCAACUUAUUCAAGUCCUCCUAGUCCUCAGCUUAUCACCGAGCGCGAGAGAAGAGGAAGUAAACGUCGGGAGCACACACACACCAGAUACGGGAUUGACGAACGAGUGGGUACGCACCCGUUUUCUGGUGCUAUCAUGAAGAUAACGGUGGGAUUUUUUUUUAUAAUCACUUACGUCUCGAUUACCCGGGCUGUUGAUCUCUCGCAAUGUAUCGCACCACUUGGUAUGGAGUCAGGAGUUAUUCCAGACGAUGAUAUUACCGCAAGUUCGAGUUUCGACAGUGGAAAUGUCGGGCCACGUCAGGCAAGACUGAGAACGGAAAAUAAUGGCGGCGCAUGGUGCCCAAAAGUCGAAAUAACGAGUGAGCCACGCGAGUGGCUGGAAAUCGAUUUGCAUUCGGUUCACAUGAUCACUGGUACAAAUACUCAAGGACGUUUUGGUAAUGGGGUAGGGGUUGAAUACGCUGAGGGGUACUUGCUGGAAUAUUGGAGGCCACGUCUUGGUAAAUGGGUCCGUUAUCGUGACAUCAAAGGGAAUGAGAUCAUGAAGGGGAACACAAAUACGUACUUGGAGACAAAACAUGACUUGGAUCCACCACUGUGGGCGACCAAGCUACGUUUCCUGCCAUACAGUAAUCACAGACGUACAGUAUGCAUGCGGGUUGAGAUUUAUGGAUGCUAUUGGCACGAUGGAAUUGUUGCUUACUCGAUGCCCCAGGGUGACAAAAGGGGAAACGAAUGGGAAUUCUUCGACGCAACGUACGACGGCUACUGGGAUGGUGAGCUCAGGCACGGGUUGGGCCAAUUAGUCGAUGGAAAAAUUGGCCCUGAUAAUUUUAAGAUGGGAUACUAUGACUCGGCUAGGAGCAGAGGCUGGAUUGCCUGGAGAAAUGACACCAGGAGCAAUCAACCAAUUGAGAUUAAAUUUGAAUUUGAUAGGAUCAGGGAAUUCGCGGCUGUCCACUUGUACUGCAAUAAUCAGUUCAGCAGGGAUGUCCAGGUAUUCUCGCAGGUCGAAGUAUCGUUCAGUAUCGGUGGGACAUUCUUCAUGGGUGAGCCCAUAAUUUACAACUACAUGGAGGAUAAAAUAUUCGAGACAUCACGUAAUAUAACGAUAAAGCUGCACCAUCGGGUCGGCAAGUUCGUUAAAUUACAGCUGUACUUCUCGUCCAAGUGGAUCAUGCUGAGUGAAAUAAUAUUCGAUUCCGACAUUGCCCAUGGAAAUUUCACCCCCGAGGAAUUCCUGACGACGGAGAUAUCACUCACCAGCGACGUAAUGUCCAACGGUAAGACAGGAGGUGCUCAGAACGAGGCACCAGUAUUUACAGCGAAGCAAGACGAUCCCACGUACAUGGCAGUCGUAAUUGGUGUUUUAACAGCAGUUAUUCUUUUACUGGCUGUUGCUAUAUUCUUCAUAGUAUCUCGUCAUCGUCAGCGCAAAUGUUUUGCCAGUCCGAUGGCUGUUAAAGUGCCAUCCCAUCUCGGAUCAACCUGCGCUACAGUAGAAAAGGGUGCUGCACUCAUACCGUAUACACUUGAAGACGAUGAGAGGUAUCCAACUGGAAACGUUCCGACACUAGCUCAUGAGCUUGACAAUCGAAAUGUGGAUAUUGUUAAAUUAGAUGAUUAUCAGGAGCCGUAUCAGGCACUAAAAUACGCACCGUAUUAUAGUUACAGUACUAUUAUCAUGGAAAUGAAGGAUAUGAUGCUUAACAAUAUGGCGUCGAAUGCUGUUAAUUACAGCGCAGUACCAGAGAUGAACAGUACAAAAAUUCCAUUAUUAAACUGCGAGGCAGGUGCCUACACCACCCAUGAAAUAAUCUCGAGUUCAAUUUCGAGUAGUGGCAGCGACCAGGAGAGUAUUUUUUCCAAGGGCUCCUCCCGGAAUAGCCGCAUAGACGAUAAAAAGUCACCGACCCAGCAGGAGGUUCUCACGGCUCUUAAGAGACGACUCGAGCAAUCUACUGUGCCCCUGUUUUCACGGCAUCGACUCCGUAUGCUAUCCAAACUGGCGGAGGGUGCAUUUGGAACGAUAUACGUGGCUGAGGCUGAGGGAAUUCCGGAUUACGGUACGAGCAUUACUACCCUGGGGAAGAGACUCGUAGCUGUUAAGUUUUUACUGCCAGAAGCGAGUGAAAAAGAAAAAUUGGAUUUUCAGCGUGAUGUUCGGAUACUUGCUGCACUCGAGGAUGUUAAUAUAGCCAGGGUGCUCGGUGUUUGUUGUCGUGAGGAGCCUUAUUGCGUUGUAAUGGAGUAUCUUGAGCAUGGAGAUCUCUGUCAAUUCUUGAAAACCCAUAUCACUGUUGAGGAUGCUCAUCCAAUGCCCAUUGGAGUUAAGACCCUCAGUUUUAAUUGUCUCAUUUACAUGGCUGCACAAAUUGCCUCGGGUAUGAGAUAUCUGGAGAAUUUAAAUUUUGUACAUCGAGAUUUGGCCACUAGAAAUUGUCUGGUGGGAAAGGCUUAUCACAUUAAAAUAUCAGACUUUGGUACUGACAAUGAAUUGUAUGCCAGUGAUUAUUAUAAAGUCAGUGACGGCGCUCUACUUCCUAUUCGAUGGAUGGCUUGGGAGUGUGUCUUCCUCCGAAAAUAUACGACGAAGAGUGAUGUCUGGGCAUUCGCUGUGACUCUCUGGGAGAUUCUCAAUCUGGGUCGUCACGUGCCUUACGAGCAUUUGACUGACGAAGAAGUUAUCGACAAUCUUCAGCAGCAUCAUCAGGACAAUUCACGAUGCAGUACACUCACUAACGAUCACGAUAUUAAAUUGCUGUUCGAGUAUUUACCUAAACCAACGACAUCCAGCAAAGAUAUUUAUGAUCUUAUGCUCGAGUGUUGGCGUCGGGAUGAGAAUGCAAGACCGACAUUUCGGGAAAUAACACUUUUUCUCCAGAGAAAAAAUCUCGGGUAUGCACCAACAUGUUGAAAUGUAUCAAUGAAGGAAUAACGAAAUAACGAUAUAUAGACGUUCGAUAAAAUGGCGAAUUGAACAAUCAGUUGGACGAUUUGAAAUUAAAUAACUGAGAGACUCGAUGCAUUUACAGGUAACGAUGUACAAAUGCAUUGGGAAUAAAAUCUGUUGAAUGAUUACUAUUGCACCGAUGUUUAGUAAUUAACUGACUAAAAUAACGAGAGAGAACUAAUUAAUAUCGUGAAGCAAGUUAAGUUUGACAUAAUUAGGAUGAUCAAGGAAAUUGAUUUUACAUAUCUCUAGUAGCUGUAUUGUUUAGUGAAAAUAAUCAUCGAUAAAUGCCAAAAGAAAAAUAAUUGAGGAAUCACAGACUCGUGAUACGUGUAUAUCAUUUUAAAUGUCUGCAAUAACUAGGGUACUAUUUUAUUUCAGCAAGAAACAACUCUGUCCUCCGUUCUACGUCGAUUACUCAUUACAGUAGACUCUCGUUAUAAUUCCAUCCGUGGGGCUACCGUAAAUUCCAUUUUUUCAUGACAAAAACGAAUUGAGAAAUGAAAAAUGCGAAUAUAUAACGGAAUUCUACUGUACAACAAUUCACCUGAUUAAUCAUUUUUAAUUGUACAAUAGAACGCUGUGUAAUGGUUACAUUACCAUCAAAUACAUAUGUAUCAUUGUUAUGGAAUAUUUGUAUAUACUCUAUGCGUAAUAGCCGGGAUCAAUACGAGUGAAGUACGAAAAAAAUUAGAGUUACGCCGACAACAAGUGAAUAUGAAUGUAGAAUGGAAAAAAUUAUAUGGGAAUGAGGAAGUCAUUAUUAUUGGAGACAACGAAUAGAUGUGUAUUGACGAGAAAUUCUUCUUCAACGAGUGAUAUAUAAGCACAUAUACAUUUACUCUGAAUCUGUCGUGCAAUGUAUUUGUCGCAUAUUAUCCAAUUGUUUUUAAUAAAAGUUUUGUUUU